CUCUUCGAUGCAGUUUACUUGUCCAGUGAGUAAAAUUAUCUACGAAAAUUAGUUUAACGGCCAACAUCACACGUGAAACGCAUCACUGAGUUUUCAUUGAGUAAUUUUAUUCACGAAACUUUGUGCGGCGCGGCGCAGCUGCAUGCAUGCGAUGGAGUCAGAGUUUGACUACUAAAAUUAUUCAGUCUUCACCGUUUUUGCAGGAGAUGACAAGGGUGACAGGUGUAGCUGCAUCUGAUUGCUGUACAACAUUCUCCAGCAAGCUGGAAGAUUUGGCCCCAUUUGUGUUAAACAAGUCCAAGAAAACAUCUGUAAUAGAAUAUCAGACAGCAGCACUGAUGGUUAUGCCAGGUAUUCUGAAAGAGAGCUUGUCUGUAUUCAUGGUUCAAGAAAAUCAGUCUGAUCCAGAGCAAGUUCAAGCUGCUCAAACCAAUGAUGCAUCCACACAUCUAAGUGAAAUGUGCCAAUGAUGGAUAUUCGAUCAUAAUUAUGUGAAGAAAUUCAAGUCGCAAAAGACACCGUCUUUCUUGGAGGUUACGAUGUUUGACUUAAAAAGUUGAAGCUUCUAUGACCGACUAUUAUAAAGCUCAUCAAUCAACUCAAGUAGGCAUGUCAACAAAUUGGACAAAAUGGACAUUAUGCCAGAGUGAGAUCUGCCAUAGAUAUCUUCUAAGAAGGGCAAAUGCCCAUUAGUGUAUCCAUAUAUUGAACAAAGGGAUGAAGGACAUUCCGUCAGGUAUGAACAAUUCAUGUCGCUGUGCCAACGGAUCUUCCUGAGGCAUGGUGCAUUUUCAAUUGUGGCUUAUAUUGUGAAGCGUUCCAAAAAUCUGUUUGGGAUCACAUAUUAGUUUCCCCGCCAAAUUUGACCCAUUCAAAUUAAAAAUUUUCGCUUGAAUUUUUGCCUUUAAAAUAUGGGGAUCUGUAAAUCAAAAGUUCAAUUUGGCGACUUUGCUAUUUAAUUUCACAUAUUGUGCAUUAAAUUUAGUAUAUUUCGAUUCAUGGUAGUCAUUUGGCAAUCACAUUCCCCCAGAUUAGCUCGGGGCUGUCAAAUGUUAAUAUUUUGGCAAACAAUCUUGUUUUUGUUCAAAUUAACUGGAUAAAAAUUUGAGGUCUCCAUUUUCAAGUUCUAUAUUUAUGAUGGUAUUUACCAUUAUAAUCAUUCCCAAAUUCAAAUUUUACAUUCCAUGAUGGAGACAAGCAUUUCAAACCUAACAAUGAAAAAAUGCAUAAAGUUAACACUAUCGUAAUUGUAAUCUCUAUCACAGUCCUCGUCAGCUUCACGUCACUCGUCAUAUCCACCACCAUCAUCAUCAUUACCACGAUGAUGAUGAUUAUGGAUAGGAUUGAGAUAAUUGUGGUGAUGGUGUUGAUGACAAUGAUGAAGAUGGUGCUGAUGACAUUAAUGAUGAUGAUGACGAUGUUGAUGAUGGUGA